AUGUCGGAGCACUUUGGCGCCUUCCUCACCGUCAUCGUGCUGCACGCCGCGCUGCUCAUCGGCUACGUCCGCCGCAUGCUGCCGGCCAAGCAGUUCGAGGCCGCGGUCAAGCUGGCCGUGACGGCCGCGGCGGCGGGCGCGGCGCUGCUGGUGACGGCGGUGGUGGGAUACGUGGUGCAGUCCCCCACCUUCGGAUGGACUGGCCGCAGCCUCACCCUCCUGGACCCCACCUAUGCUUCGCGCUUCGUGCCCAUCAUCGCGUCCGUCUCGGAGCACCAGCCCCCCAGCUGGCCGUCAUACAUCACGGAUCUGCACGUUGCCGCGCUGCUCGCGCCGGCAGGCAUCAUCGGCUGCUUCAAGAACCUCACAAACGGCGCCCUGUUCCUGGUGCUGUACGGCGUCACCGCUGUGUACUUCAGCGGCGUCAUGGUCCGCCUGAUGCUCGUCCUCGCGCCCGCCACCUGCUGCCUCGCCGGCGUCGCAGUCUCGGACAUCCUCAACACCCUCUGCUGCUCCUUGAAGGCCCACGGCCCCACGCUCACGCUGCCCGGCGUGCCCGCCGCCGCCGCGGAGCCGGGCGCGUCGGAUGCGGGCGCGGGGACGCCGUACAAGGGCGGCAAGCCCGCCGCGCGGCGCGGCGGGAAGGGCGUGUCGGACGCGGGGGACGGCGCGGGCCUCAGCAAGGGGCCGUUUGUGAGCAAGGAGUGGAACCCCCUGCCGAAGGCGGUCGCGUUUGGCGGGUUUGCCGGGAUCGUGGUGCUCCUGGUCAUGUACACCAUCCACUGCAUAGGUGUGAGCGCGGACAUGUACUCUGCUCCCAGCAUCGUUCUGCAGUCCCACAACAGGGACGGCUCCUUCUACGUGUUUGACGACUUCAGGGAGGUGUACGCGUGGCUGCGCCACAACACCCACGAGGACGCCAAGAUUGCCAGCUGGUGGGACUACGGCUACCAGACCACCGCCAUGGCCAACCGCACGAUUAUCGUCGACAACAACACCUGGAACACCUCACACAUCGCCACUGUGGGCAGGGCCAUGGCCAGCCCUGAGGCCAAGGCCUGGAGGAUUUACAGGUCCCUGGAUGUCGAGUAUGUGUUUGUCGUGUUUGGUGGCCUCAUCGGCUACUCAUCAGACGACAUCAACAAAUUCCUCUGGAUGGUGCGUAUCGGCGGCGGCGUCUACCCCGAGAUUAAGGAGAAGGACUACCUCAGCGCAAACGGUGAAUACCGCAUUGAUGCUGAGGGCAACCCCAUCAUGCUCAAGUCCCUGAUGUACAAGCUCUCCUAUUACGACUUCCCCGAGGCGUCCGAGCGCCAGUUCGGCCAGCGCGGCAUGGACCGCGUGCGCGGCACGCUGAUCGGCAACUUUGACGUCAGCCUCAAGUACUUCGAGGAGGUGUUCUCCAGCCAGCACUGGAUGAUGCGGAUCUACAGGGUGCGCGACAAGCCGCUGCGCGACGUCGCGAAGCCCAAGAGCGGCAGGACGCGCGCCCCCGUGGCUGCGGCCGCGUGA